AUGGCUAGCAACGUGACCGCUACCAGAGAAGCUACAAGGCGUACUCACACUUACAGUUUCCAUCGCGAAGGUUUGGUUCAGUUGGGGCAAUUGGGUGGAUUGAUCACCGGUCAUAAUAAAACUGUGUUCACUGAGAAUUAUGGAAACAUCUUGACUCUUUUGGACUCACACGUCGACGAAUGGGAGAAACCAGAUUUGAACAACAUUGCCAACGCUCUUUAUUUGAGCAUAGGAGAUGUUCAUGGAAAUUGGAAAAAGAACGGUAGCACUCAGGGUUUCUAUAUGAGUUUCUUGGUUGAGAAGGCCCAAGAGUUGGCUAACAAAAAGAUGUGGGAGGCCUUCAACGCCCUUCUGGCCGUUUUGAUUUAUGGGAUCGUGAUGUUCCCUAACAUUCAUAAGUUCGUUGAUCUGGCUGCUAUAUGUCUUUUUGUGGAGAAGAAUCCGGUCCCUACUUUGCUAGCCGAUACGUACUAUUCUGUUCACUCUCGAUAUGGGAAAGGAGGAGCCAUAAGAAAUUGUUUGCCGUUGUUAUACACCUGGUUUAAGUCCCACCUACCUACAAGUGGUCCUUUCGUUACUUCUACUCAGAAAUGGCAUCAAAGGAUCAUGGGGCUUACCGGAAAUGACAUUGUCUGGUGUCCCACUGGAAUGGAUGUGGAGAAAGUUAUAACUAGCUGUGGUACUUUUGACAACGGAACCGAUCUAAAAGGUUUAGAAAAAGUGGUGAGUGCCUGGAAUGACAUCCAUACAAGUGAUCAGAUUUCUCUAGGUGAAAAGAAUGCCGUUGCCAAACAAGCCUACACGGAUUGGGUUGAAAAUAGAGUUAAAGAUCGCUUGUUGCCUUUCCUGAAGGUUAACCCAUUGUACGAGCAACCACCUAAGGUUCCAAUUGCCAUUAUGCCUGCUGAGAAUUGCAUCCCAGUAAAUAUGGAAAGCACCCAAUUGCACGAAAAGAGAUCGGAUGCGCGACCAAAACAUUGUCUUGUGGACCAGAAAAGGGUUGAGUUGACACAUGAAGCCAAGAUGCUGAAGGGAGGAUCUUCCAGAGUUCAAAAGAGGGCUAGAACCGAAAAAGGUGAAAGAGACACUACUUCACAACGAAAAAAAGUGAAAGAGGCUACCGUUCUGAUUAUAGUCACGGGAGAGAGUUGCUCGGUGGAGGUGCCGUCGGAAUUGACUGGAUCGGCAUGGUUCGCGCACCGUGAAGGCUUCAUGGAGAGGAUCGGCGACAAAUCGAUGGCAGAAGCAAGCUUCUCGCGGCUGCUCCGAUUGUGUUGCUCCGUGGCUGAGGUUUGUGCCGGCUGGUACUACGUCGAAAUUGGUGGCCGCUGCGGUAUUGCACGAGCGGCGUUGACGUUGUGGAUUUGUCCGUUGCUUAGCGUUUCUGGCACCGUCGGAGAGUCUGUGAGUGGAAAGGCGCGAUCGAGACUGCUUCUGUUAGGAUGCUAA